UGAGCUGUCUCUGGGCUAGGACCACAAUAGCUACUCAUGCUGAGUCUAUAUUACGUUUGCAGGGGUGAGAUCCCGUAAUGAGACUUAGUCGCUCAUCCAACGAGAUCGACCUCGAUGCUGCUAGAAUCAUUAUGGGAAUCUGUGACAGAUUGGAUGAUUAAUUUUCAUCCGUUCAGUGAAGAUCGUUGGCUUUCAAAAAAGUCUAUUUCCAAAAAUUCGCUUGCGAGUUGCCCGGGUUCAGGCUCGAUCGCGGCGACAGUAUGGUUAAGCUUACGGGUUGGCGCGGGAGCCUCCUAGAAUUUUUACUCGGCCUUACUCAAGCUGAUGACUCGGUAUCACGUAUCUUCGUCAGGUUAUGGAAAAUCAUGUUUGGAGUGUCGGCGAAGAAAGAAGAAAUGUGACGGGACACGGCCCGCCUGCCUUCGUUGCCAAAGGAAUGUCCGCACCUGCGUCUACGAAGAAGGAUACAUUAGGACAAGCAUUACCGAUCGAUUAGAGGGACGGGUGCAGGAGUUGGAAGAGAGUUUCAAGUCUCUGAACGCUUCUUUCAAAGAGAAAAUCUCUUCUCAUAAACUCCUUGAACGCUUGGAAGGUGGUUCUCCAUUGACCGUGACCACGACACGUCCAUCAUCCCCAGUACUUCCGUUUUUCCCGUUAUCCUCCCUCGGUACAGAAGAUAAUUCAGACAUUUCUCGCACCGGAGUUGUCCUUUCGGCCCCGAGCGAGAUUGGCUAUGCAUCGGCUGUUCCUCGGGCCUUUAUAGAGGCAAAGCUUCGUCAAUUUCAGCAGACUGGCGUCAUGUCUGCUGAGCUCCUUGACUAUCUAAUCCGCGUUUUCCUGCCUUUCCGCGGACAUUAUAAAUUUUUCCUUGACAUUCCAGCUUUUUUCGAUGACGUCCGCCAGGGGGGACCAACUACAGACCAAGCCUUGAAGAAUGCCAUUUAUCUCGCAGCAUGUCAGAUUGCGGGAUCAUCAUCAUUACAGCCAUACUUCCUUUUCGAACUUCGCGGUCACCUCGACUUCUCUCAGCCACCCAACGGAAGACCGGAUGGAGUUGUGUGGGCCUCUGUGAUACUUGGGAACUACUUCCUACGGUCCUAUCGUCUUUCUGAGGCCCGCAGCGUAGUGCUGUCUGCCGCUCGGUACGCGUUUGAACGGGAAUUAUAUCCACAGCGCGCCUCGGGUUCUGGCAGUGCUUCAGCCGCUGCUCCAUCUGCUCCAAGGAACGUAUUGAAGGCUUUUCGCUCGGAUCCACAGAGGAGUCGCUUUGAGCGUUCGUCAGGCCUCAAUCCUACUCAACGCCAAACGGACCCUUAGGGACAACCCAGGUCAGGACGAUGACACGGCUUUGAGGCAGCUCCUUGCGCCUCUAAAGGAAGCCGUGAAUGCGCCUGAGUGGG